CUGCACACGCACACACCAUAUGUGUUGUUCAUUCCCGAUCGAAUUGUGCUGGUGACCAGUGAAAAAGACGGGAUAAGAAACCUUUAAAAAAUGGCUGACGAUAUUGACGAUCUCCUCAACGAGGUGGAAAUUAAAUUCUGCACGAAAUCUCCAGCAAAACCAUCAUUGGUAGAGAAGGUGACAAGUUCAAAUUCACGGCCGAAAUCGAAAUCAAAACAGAGCAAAAGUGCCAAAUCGAAGGAGAAAGAUGAACUAGAUUCCAUUAUUGAUGACAUCAUAGAUUUUCCAGAACCUUUGGAGACCAUUUCACAUCGACCAGGACCCCCUUCCCAAUCCUCCUUUUCUAGACAAAGCGCUGUGAACGGGGUAUCUUCUGACAGGAAGUGUUUCCCAGUAUUUCUGGGCGGCAGUUCAACAGCGAUGGGUGUUGGAUCAACAGUUAUACAUAAAGCCUGCGAUCAACUACGCUGCACCUCCUGUGAUUUCAAGGUAGUGUUUUACGAUGAUUUUGAAUGGGAUCAAAGCUGCAAUUAUCUCUUCUUCAGGAAUAACGUUCCAGACUUCCAGAAACUGCGUGCAAAGCUGAGAAAAAAGAAGGAUUGCAGAGCUUAUGCAUGCCAGUGCUGCUGGAGGUCGCUCAAAGCUCAGACUGACCUCAGUCAAGAUCAUGACCUCAAAUGGGUUUGUGGGAAGCAUGUCAGGUGACCUCGACUUUGGGGAGAGGGGUCAUUGAACUUUAAACUGGUGGAAUGAAGGGAAUGGAGUCAGAGAGAGUGAGAGAGAGAGAGAGAGAGAAAGAGAUGAAAAGACAGUUUGAAGAGAUAGAUAUUUAUACAUGUACAUACUUUUAGGUAAGGGAGGGGAGAGACUAAAUACAAUUUGACAAUUGGAAGAAAUCAUUGUAAAGUUUGUGAACGCCCAAAGAAAUUUGAGUUAAAGAAUUAACACAUAUAAUUGAAUCAUUAUUAUAAUUAUUAGAGUUCUCCCAAUCAGUAAUUCUGGUAAGGGACUCGAGGGUUAAAGUGAUUAGUGUUACUCUUCCCAUCCCACUUAUACUAGGUGAUGCAGAAUACUUGGGAUAUUUGCGGAUUUAACACUGUUUUUUGCAACAGAUACGUGACUUUUCAAUCAUCCCUGCCACUGCAUGCAUGAUACAUUCUGUACACAUCCCAUUAGUAUGUGUGUGUGUAGUAGUAUAUGUAGCAAAAUAGAGUCGCAUGCAAUAUUAAUGGCUAUACAUUUUAUUAAAAAAAGGGGUAGAUUAGUUGGUCUCCAUAGGGUGAGAGAAAAAUAAGAGAGCAAGAGAUAUAUACCAUAUAUAUAUAUAUAUAUAUAGAGAGAGAGAGAGAGAGAGAGAGGUGAUAAACAUUCUAUAAUUUAAAAAAAGGAAUUUAGAGGAAGGAGGAGAAAGGUCUAUAGUAAAGCUGCUGAAUUAUUUGUAAAGUUGUGAAUUUAUCAAAAUUAAUCAUGCACAGUUUUGUCACUAUCACUUUUCCACAAAUUUGAUUUUUUUUCUUUUCUUUCUUUCUCUCUUCUUCUUCCCUUCCCCUUAUGAAUUAGUAGUAUGUUAAUAUCCAUGUUAAUGGGAAAUGUAGGCUACAGUGUAUUUGAUUGCAGUUCAAUUAUAAGAAUUGUAAUUUAUCACUGGAGAGAGUUGUACUCAUUUUUGAUAAUAAAUGUAUAGAUACUACUGCUAGCUAGCCAUCAUCUUUAUUUAAAAAGUAUAGAUGUACAUUUAGUACAAAAACGUGUAUGUGAUAUGGUAAACAUGUGGAUAUCUGCACAAAAUUGUAAAUUCUCAUCAGGAAAAUGGGUAUCUGUAAUCUUGGAAUUGUUCUUGUCUUUCAAUGAAAUUGUGUCUGUUCAGAGCCAGAAGCGUGGUGUUUAAUGUACAUAGAAAACAAAAAUAUUCAUUUUGUGUACAUAAUAGAGAAUAAUAGGAUAUCAGUCUAUCUUGUUCUGAAUAUAAAAUUUGAAAAACCCUUUAUUCAAUUCUGUCAAAGGAACCAGAGGUUGUGUUUUGUAUACGUGUGAAUCUAAUUUAGCAAAGGGAUGAAUCCAUGCAUUUUGUUUUCACUGUAUUUUCUGAAUCAUUGCUAUGAAUGUUAGAAGUGUCGUAGUUAAGCACUUGACUUGAAAUUCAAAGGUCGUGGGUUUGAUCCCCGACACAGCACUAAUGUCCUUUGGCAAGGCAUUAAUCUACAUUUGCCACUCAAUACCCAGGAGAGAAAUGGGGACCCGGUAAGAUGACAAAAGCAUUUGUGUUAGUAAUUGCCUAUGCCCUCACGGUGACCAUUUUGGUAGAAAUACUCCCAGUGAGUGGAGAUGGUGCACAUUGUGCGUGAAUGAAUCCGAUGACCGGGGUAAUAAUAUCUGUAAAGCAAGUGCUUAGAGACGGUAUUCCGUAUCAAGCGCUAUAUAAAUCCAGAUAAUUUUUUUUAGUAUUAUGCAGUACAUCAAUAAUUUGAGGUGGUAGCAAAUGUAUUAUUGCAGCAUAGUAAUACUGUUGUUUUGAAAUCACAGAAAUGUAAAAAUAUUUGUUUGUUUAUUAUUAUGAAGACAGGCAAGUCAUCAGAAUUAAUCCCAUUGCAGGCUAGCCAUUUGGGAACACUUCCUUAGAGGUGUUGUGGUCUAGUGAAUACAACCUUUAAACCCCAGCUUGUGAACUACAAGGUUUAGGGUUCGAAUCCCUGCUGCAGCACUAACAUUGUUUUUUGAGGGGGGCGGGAGGAGGAGAUAUGGUAUCAAUAAUUUUGAUGGCUUGCCUUUUGGUAUAGUACUUAUAAUUGUUAUGCAUUUGUCCAUGUUUUUCUUUCCUUCCUUCAUGUCUUUCAUGUGAAUCGUCUUCAAUACCAGUUACUGUAAUUUUUUUGGUUACCGGUAAUCCUCUUACACCAACACGAAAUUGACUGGAAAUUUCAUUUUAUGACUUGGUUAACAUCUUUGGUAAUCACAACAAAUAAAAUUCACACAAAAUUGUAUAUUAGAUAAGUGACCAAAAGAAAGCUGAGGAAUUUGAGCUUCUUGAAUCUUCAGUAAAAAAAAAAUAAUUAUGAACCCUUUAAGCACUUUCUGUGUGGAUGUGUCGGUAAUUCACAGCAAAUUUCUGUUAGUUUAAUUACCAAUCAAAACGAAAAAUAACAUCGAUUAACUUCUGGAUAACUUUUGAAAUGCAAGACACAUAGAAAAUUAAGGUAACUGAACAUGAAACUGCCAUUUCUAAUGUGAUGUUUAUCAGUAUUGUUUGCACAUACAACUCUCUUUGUUUUUCACCUUGUGUACGCAAUCAUGUCCUGUGUGGUUUCUAUUUCCGUCCGUAUACUGUAUUCAAAGUCUUUUGAGGCUUGUGUACUUCUUUUAGUGUGUGUUUAUGUCGAUUUAUUUGUGUAUCAUUACAAAAGAAAGAAAGACUUGCAUCUACCGAGAUCAAUGAUAAAGGCUCAAGGCUGGUUGUUCCAAACCCAACUUUAAUCAUACAAUCCUACAUGUACUUUUAUUUCACAGGUUUACAAGUCCAGUGAAAGAAAUACUUUAAUGAUUUCGGGGGCUACUUUUUAAGCUAAAAGUAACACUCUCUAAUUUGUUUUGCAUUGAACACUGUGCAAAUUUGGGGGCUCUUUUUGGCAUUUCGGGGCUAAUUCGCCCCGAGCCCCCAUGUAUUGUUUUUCCCUGUACAAGUCUCGUGAGGAUUUACUGGAUAAGCUGCCCAUUUUCUUCAUGCUGGUCAUAUUGAACUAAACAUGAAUAUUCAUACUUUUCAGCUAGCACUUUCUCAAGUUAUAUAUCUCCAUUUAAUUUAUUCAAAAUUUUAAACCAAGUUUUCUUUUUUUAGUCAUUAUUUCUUUAACUCCGUAGUUGGACAAAUACACCUGGCUAAGUCUUAGGAGAGUCUUUGUCGAAGUCACUUGACAUAUAUAUAUAUUUUAUAUAUUUUUUUUUAAUAGACAAAAGUGAUGACUUUGAUCAUCAUGAGAUGUCCUCAGGAAUGUAUGUGAAUAAAUUAUGUAUAUUUUUUAGGUUGGUGCAGUGUUUAUAGUGUUUGAUGCCAUGAUAUGAAGGACUGUUGAUUGGGGGUGCAGUCUAGUUGUCUGAGGGUCCACUGUAACAGGAAAUUCGGUCAUGUAAACAUUUGAACCUUGAUACUUUCUUGUAAGCCGUCCAACUAAAGCCCACGAUCUGACUGCUAUCGAAUUUACAAGGAAUUUGCAAAGCAUUUUAAAUGAACAAUUAAAUAUGUGAAAUACUAAAUGAUCAAGGGUCUUCAUAACCAUUAAGGAGGGGGGGGGGGGUAAUUUGAAUGUUUUGCAAGCCUAUUUGGGGCGGGAAAAGCCAAAUCAAGAAUGAAGUAGUGACAUCAAACCCAUUCUGCGAUUGUCUUUGAUUUGAAGCCAUUUUGGCCUUUACUCCAGCAAGAGGCCUUAUAACCCACCAAAUUUCACUUUCUAGUGAUCCUAUCCUUGAUCGUAAUCUGGAAUAUAAUACCGGUUUGUUUUACAGGGUCUAAUCUGUAAUGGAAUUCUGAUUUCUUAAAAAAAAGGGCUUAAGAGAAGGUCCAGAAGAGACCAAGACCUGCUCAAAUCAAUAUAAUAUAAUUUUGUGUAAAAGCCCUAGAAUCAUUGGAUAUAUGGGCGAUACAACACUUGAAGCUUGAGAGAGAGUGCAUCAAUUUUUUCAAAUGUGAAUUUCCGAUUAAAUUUCAAGCAAAUACAAAGGGAGUGGUGAGAUGAGCAAUUGUCUUCGUAACCUCAAAAAAUGGCCAUUGACAUUUUUUGAAGCCCAAAUUAUUGAAAGACAAAGUCGAGCGAGGAAUGUAAAGGAUUUCUUUCAGAGCACGUCUGAAGUAGGAUUUCGACAUGAGAUAAAAUCUGUCUGCUAGAAAAUAGUUGAUUCAUCAGUUUAACCUCUUCUGUAUGAUAAUAUCAAACAUUGUAUUGCCCAGCUUGUUUGAUGUUGGACCUUUUGUUAAAGGUCUUUUAAGAGAUAUAUUGCAUUUGUGAGAUGUGUAUAGUUCAGUUAUUUUGUGUACAAUUAAAAUAAACAUUACCAAUUUGUAA